AUGGUAUUUCUGUGUGGUUCUGUUGAGGUUGUUGAGAAGCAGCCUCAUGUUGCUGAAAUAUAUGCUUCGAUGGUGUUCAGCGUUGAACUGAAGCAACAGAAACUGGAUAGAAGACUUAAACGUCAAGUUGUCUUGGGUAACAACAACAGCACAAGGCUGCUGAAUUCUCAUGAUGAUGAUACUACUACUUCUACUAUCGUUACACCACAUGCUAGGCAAGCGAUGAAGUAUUCCUCCUCGAGACGUAUUGGUGUUGAUGAGAAAAGACCGGGAGAAAAUGCAGAUAUUUUUGGCAUUCUUGAAGCUAUAGAGGCUCAGAAGAGUACCAAUACGGACUAG